GCUUCUCUCCCUUUCUCUCCCUUAAUGUCUUAAGCUGCGCCUCUGCAGCUCUGCUCCAUGCAGAAGUGCUAUGUUGGAUUGUCUGAUGAGCCUUCCACAAUACUGUAACCUCUUUACUUAGCAACAAUAUGGCCCCAGCUCCUGUCAUCCGAGAGAUGCAGCAGGAUCUGCAGCUACAGCACCUGACCCGAGCGUUUGAGGGUCUUCUCUUGACAGCUCACCAACUCAGUUGUAGAGAGAAACAUUUGCAAAAAAAGCUGAGCUAUGCUCAUGAUCAGUACUUGAAACUGGCAGACCGACUCCCUGGCGGACUGGAUUCCCAUACAAAGAUCAUCUCGGAAAAGAUCAUCGGUCGUGAUGCAGAAUUUGAUAAACCUCGUGAAGAGUCGCUCAAACCUGCGGAUGUAGUCAAAACAAUUGCAGAAUCUGGAAAUGUAGGAAGUCAGGUUCUUGCUGCCAUAACGGAUGGGUUGGAGUGCUACAAAUCCAUACCAAAUUCACAGGAAGAUAGCCUGCUCUCUGGCCUCAACCAAUGUUCUGUUGCGACGAGAGCAGGAGUACCUUCUCUCGAGAAGGAUUUUACUACUAAAGGCACGCGGGGAAGUCUACGGUGUCCCUUUGCGAAGCCAAACAAUAAACCCCCUGAGAAUGGGGUACUCAAUGGGAUUGAAGAUCCCUUCAAAGCCCAGAACGGUGAUUCAUGUGGUCAUGAUGAGGACCCCAUCAAAGCUGAAUUAAAUGAUAGACGUUCCUGCCAGACGCCCUCGCAUUCUGCGAGGUCGUCAAACACUCGAUGUCCUAUUGCUCGAUGUCCCAUUAGAUACCUGGACCAGCAUACUCCGGAAGAAGUCGCUGACUAUGUCGAGAGGCACAAACAUGAAAUCCCUAGAAGCCAUGCCAUUUGUGUCAAUCGCUAUCAACGAGACUCUCAAAGCAUGCGGCAGUUAGACGCGAAAUAUGGUAAUCUGAUCAACAUGAUCCAGGGCUUGUCCGUGAAACACCAAGUGUUUCUUCCUGGUCGUGGUCCGAACGGCGAACCGAGCUCGAAUUCCUCCGCAGACCGAGUGGAAAGAUGGGCUGAAGAUGUUGGCUCGAAGUCUCUCGAAGGGGGAAUGAACGGUGCCAUAAAGGAAGAGGAGGAAGAUGGCGAGGAACGAAAGGGUCAUUUCGACCGUCCUUUGCGUGAGGUUCGAGUUGGUGAAUCCCCAAGCAGGCCUUGGGGAAUUCCUGUUCCAGCAGCGAUGCAAGCCCCCAUUUCUGCACCGCACUCGCCAGUCGCCCAGGUUCCUGUUGACUCGGACAAAAGUUCGACCAAACCGUCCGAUAACGUGGAUGCCUCUUCUGUUGCCCAACUUCGUCCUCCAUCGCCUAGUCCCCACGGUGCCCCUGCGCCAAAGGGUCGUUGUCCUUUCGGACGUGGUGCACCAAAGCCUGAAAACCUGGAACCAGAGACCGCGACAAUUCGCAAUCAAGAUGUGAGGCAACUGCCAGCAGAUACUUCUGAACAGAACCCUGGAGAAAUGCCCAGUGCCUCUGCGCAUUUGGACAAUUCCAACCCGGCUGCACCUGCGACUAUAGUCUUCAAUGGUCCAGUAUUUUUCGGAUACUCGCCUGAACAGACUGCUAGCUUUAUCCAACAGUUAGGCAGCCUGGGACAUAAGGCAUGAUGGUCUAUGACCAGCUGUGUAUGCUAUUCUGCUUUCUUUUCUCUGGACAUUAUUGAGCGUAUGUCAUGAUUUAUGAUUAUUUCCCCCUUGGACAUACUUUUAUUCUCUGUAACUUUUUACUUCCGGAUAUGAUAAUAGCAUCAUUAUUUACCCAUUGUUCUUUCAUGUCUAUAAUCCAUCCCAAGAACUACUGCAACAUAAUUAAUAAUAAGAACUUCAUGAUUGCUUCCAUUCCUUGGCCGAUGCCACCCGCCUUCCAACGACAUCCAUCC